AUGUCUAGCACUAAAUUAAGAAGAUUAAGUCUAUAAGAGGGGGAUGGGUCCAAAUUAAGAAGAUUUAAUGCCCUAUAUCCAAAAACUAUAAUUAAAUAGCAUGUUUUAAAUGUUGAAAGAGAAAAAGAACGAAAAAAAUAAAAGAGAUUAGAACUAUAAGAAUAAUAGUAAAUAUCUUUGACUUUAUUAGGAAGAAUACCAUUUUAUCAACAUGCAAAAAGAGCACAGGUUCAACCAGUAAAUCAAAAUAAAGUUAAAGAAGAUUAAUAAGUUCAAUGAAUAAUAAUUUACUGACUUUUAAGACACCAACCUCAAGACUGUCGGAUUAUAAUACUCGUAUAUCAUCAAGACUUUCAUCAAACUCUCAUUAUGAAGGCGUUAAACAAAUAUUCUUAAAGACUAAUUUCAAGCGACCAAAAUAUUAAGAACAAUAAUUGAUAAUUGUAGAUCCUUAUAUAGAUAAUAAAGAAAAUUUUUCAAAUGUAUAUAAUCUUAGGCCAAAUAGAACCAUAGAUAAAUUAGUUGCAAAUAGAAAAUAGAGUUAUAGUAUGAAUAAAAAUUUCCUACUGAAAUCUCCUAAAUCACAUACUACCUUAUUGAGUGUAAGAUCACUAAAUUUUUUAUGA